UCCAACGAACUGACGUCACAGUAAGGUCUCUUGGUGGUCAAAAGUACACAACUAUCCAGAUCUAGUGUGAGGACGGAGAGUGAAAGACUGGAAAAAGUGAUAAUUUGUUCAAAGCUGUCGCGAAAAAGUGAAUUCACGGACGAGAUUGUGGAAAAAUGAACGUGAUUCCAUUAGAUGAACCAAGUGAACCGAGGUGCAGUAAUCUCAGCGUGCCUCUGUUCGGAUUUGAAAACAUUGAACACUGCCUCAGAAAACAUUUAGCCUAUUUAUCGCGCAAACAGUGGACGGCAUUAGCCACUGAUGACAUCACCUCGGAUGUCGUCAAUCUGCUGACCAAGAUGUGCCGAGUACUCAUAGAGCACAUUAGCAGCUUAGUGUUUAAAGUCGUACGCCCACAGGUUUUAUGCUGCCCACAUAAUCAUGAUCGUGGAGACAAAGAAAGCUCCGCUGACCGGAUGAAUGCUGAACCUCUGCUUGAUGGGUGCAGUUACUGCAGGGUGACAGAGGAUGAUAUUCAGGCCAGCCUCAGAAACAUCUUUGAUAACUGUUUUGGUUGGGUCUUGGGUUUUGGGCAACGGCGGUCUUGUGACUCAGACAAACUACUGACUUUAUUUUCAGUGUCGAUUGCAAAGAAUGUAAACUCAGCCCUGAGUCGUAUCACAGGGUCCACAUCCUUGCAAUCAGAUAGGUCCAGAUCCCCAACAAACCUUGUUGGGAUGGUUUACAGUGUAGUCAACAUUUUAGAAGACUAUGCAAAGACCUUAGCUCCCCUUUCUGUAGAUGGUGAGAGUAGCAGCGACAGCAUUGUUGAAAUGCCAGACUCUGAGGAAGAUAACGACUUUAAACCAGAGUCUGUAGAGACUUUUAAAAGCACACAGACUCAAGCUUGUGUAGGCAAGGAACAUUUGGUUAACAAGGGCCACAGUGAUACAUUUCAAAUCAUUGAUGUCCAAAAUCUUGACAGUGAGAGCUCAGAGAGUGAUGAAAAAUGUAGUGAUGCCCUGCAGUGUUCGUCUGGGACACUUCCUACGCCUACAGAGAUCGAUACCUUUCUCAAUUUGUGUCUUGCAAAUUUAGUCAUUCACAUUUCUGAGAAAACACAAACAUUUGCUGUAAAGUUAAAUUGUCAGCAGAUAGUGACUGAUAUAAGAGGGAAGAUUGAGGGAGACUUGACUCCUCUAAAAACUGUAAAAAACUUGUACAUCAUAAUGUACAAAGACCUGUGUCGCAAAUUUGGAUCCAAAUACGUGCUUCCGUUUGUAAUGGAAAAGGCUGAUGCGACUUUUGUAGCAGCCGUUGUGGAGCUAUUAAAAGCAGAGCUCAAAAAAUCGGCCAGCCCCAGUAACGUGCUGAGAAGUUUAGAAAGUAACAAAAGCGUUUCUCCAGCCGGUAAGAACAAAACGCAACAAUCUGCUACUGAGCAAAAUGGAUCCACAGAUUCCCAGAAAAACAGGCCGAGAAACCGUAUCGUUAGGGCCCUCACUUCUUUUUUUAGAUCUUUGAGGACGCUAUUCAGUUGCUGCAUGAGCAGUGAGUCAGAAACAGAGUAAUUAUCUUCAUAAUUACUCAAUGCAUGCUCAGUGAUCCAGGUAAGUCAAUCCCAAGAAGUGGAA